AUGAAUUGCGACACAGUUUUGUUUGAGGGACUGGCUAUGACUAGGCGGCUUGUGUUGACGGCUUGUGUUUUUGCGGGGGCGCUGCUUGCGGCAUGCUCGGGCGGCGGUGGCGCUGACGACGAGCUGCUGGUGUUCGCGGCAACGAGUCUGACGGAUGCGAUGGCGGAGGCUGCUGCGGAGUUCGAGGCGACGAACGGCACAAAGGUCGAGACGGACGCCGCCAAUGCCGAGGACAUAACGGUUCUGGAUAUUGUGCCGACGGAUUCUUAUCCGGAUGUGGUUUAUCCGGCGGCGGUUACGAGGAGUACGGACAAUGUGCAGGGCGCAGAGGCGAUGCUGGAGUUUCUGCAGAGCGAUGCGGGCAAGGAGAUUUUCCGCAGGCACGGAUUUACGCCGCUGGAGUAG